GCAGCCGUCAGGCAGGCAACCCAACUCGCCGGGUCUCUGGAUUCUCUCGAGGGCACCUGGCUGGCGGCUCCAACUACCGGAGCUCCCUCGCCGUCCGUUAGGCUCUCCCCGCAUUACCACCCACCACCACCAUCUCCCUCCCUGCUUUGUGUUCUCUCCUCUUACCAUCUCCACAAUCGUCCCGACCAAGCGGACAGCGCUGGCGAUGGACUUCUCCGUCGAGGAUGGCAAAAGGCUAUGGUCGCUUGUUCGGAAGCAGGAGGUCUUGGUUGACAAGAAACGAAGGUGGUUGGAGUCGAUGACUCCCACUCCCAAAUCGGAUGGCUGCAACACACGACUGAAGCGACCAAAGUUCUUGACUGAUGCGUUCUUGGCUGAAUCAGAUAUACGGAGUGACGAAGUGUCUUGCCAAAAAGUGACAGUGUCUGCAGCGCGGUGGCCACAACCAUCACUUGGUUCAGGAUGGUCUCAGGCUUCUUAACUUACCAAGAGGGGAAGAUGGCUCAUUGAGUCCAGAAAGUCUGAACAUUAUGCAUAGCACAAUCAAUAAGUUAAGCAAUGGAGCACUUCAAUCAGUGGCUAAAAUCAUCAGCCGCACCAAGUGUAGUUUUAAUAAGACUAGACCACUGUUAAGAGAAAUUGUAACAUACCAUCUUCCGUGUUACUUAGCCAAGCUGGAUCAUGAAGAUGUCAUCAUGUUUGAGUUGUCUGAAAUUUUGAGAAAUCCUGGCAGCUACCAAUCUGAUUCGUUGAGCCUUGUCACACCUGUGUCACCACUCACCACUGCUUCUGUCAUCUAUCAACCAAGCUUUGGAUAGACUUGAUGGGAUUCCUGACCAAGCUCUUGUUGCAGUGAACAGGAAACUCAUAGGAAAAACAUGUAUGCCGAAAUUCUGGCAUGCGCCUCGGUCUUCCAGUAGAGGGCAUCUUAUUGAAAUAGUGAGGAAAAGAUGCAAAAUGAUUAUAGCGCGUAUUGAGGAAGGUUACAUGCCAAAGAGAUUAGCAAAGGCCAUGUCAGUGGUGAACCUAUACUGGAAGCAGAAGUUGAGAUCCAUGGAUAUUUCUCAGUUAGAGUACUUCCCCUUUUCAAAAGAAACAGCGUCUUUGCAAAAUGAUGUCCUGAAUGCUCUUUGGUUGCUUCCAAAACUCCAGCAUGAUGACCUAAAAUUGCUGCGUCCCAUAUUGGACCCAGAUCCUAAAUUUCGAAAGAUGCAAUUUAGAGUAGCUUUGAGGAAGUACUUGUUAGAAUGCUUGUUUGAAUCUGAUGAAGGUGAUUUGCCAGAUGAGGCCCAUCAAGCCAUAGCCUUUAUAAAUCGGAUUUCUCAAUGUAAAAGUGCCUGUCUGACAGAACGAAGGAAGAAUGCUGAAGUAGAUUCUGUAUUGAAUGUAAGCAGUCAACUCAGAGCUUUCGUAUAUUAUGAUAUCGAUGACUGUUCAGACGAGGACGAGUUGAUGAGCUUAGGGAGUGUCAACUGCAGCGGGGAUAAUGAUUUCAUACUCCCCGAGACCAACUAUUUCCACUAUAACUUUGAGCAGCAUAUGGAUGAGCCUUGUUCUUCGAAUAGUGCACCCAAAGUUGUUGAUAUGGACGAGUGUUGUUCGGCUGAAUCUACCAGAGCUGCACAUCAUGUUCAAGAAGCUGAACAUUUAGAUUCCAAAUUAGAGGAGGUUUUCAGGAAACCAUGUGAAGGAACUGAAAACUCUGGAGCCACUCCACAUUACAGAGACAACCUUGCUUUGGAGGAGGCUGUUGAUACCAAUCAUUUGAAGACGCCAGUGCACUCUAAGGAUCUCUCCGAGAUAUGUGAUGAAACUUCAACAGCAGCCCACAUGCUCAUUGGACAAAUUUUGGAUAAAUGGCUACUUGUAGGGAACGGCGAAGUGGAAGUGCUCACCAGACAUUAUCUUGGAGGGGGCUUGGUUUCUGAAGGUCCACAACGUACGUUGCGGGGUAUCGUUGUAGCUUCUCUGUUGUCCUACUCCUCUCAGGUAUAUGUUGCAUGUGUGAAGUCGAGAGUAAGCUGA